CCGAACGCGACGGUUCAGUCUUGGCGGUUUCUUCCGAAGAAGCGGAUCGAAUUCGAAGUCUCUGCCCGCGAUUUUGGUACAAUAAUUAAUGCAAGCUCGCGAACAACAGUAGUAAAUUAAAAUAACAACAAUAAUCAGCGCACAAGUCCAGCUAAAGCCGAAACCUGUUCUCGAUCAACGUAAGGCAAACAAAGCAGCGCUCCCCACUCUUGAAAAUCUGUGAAAAAUGGGAACGAAGAUCGAGUACGUGGACACCACGCAUCUGUACGCCUCCAAGUACAUCCGCAACUCCAAGGCGAUCGGCGUUUUGUGGGCCAUCUUCACCAUCUGCUAUGCCAUCAUCGGCAUCGUGGCAUUCGUGACGCCAGAGUGGAUCGGGGAUCCGGACAACGAUGGAGCAGGUCGUCUGGGCCUCUGGCAGCAGUGCCAGCGGGACGAGAUCUUCGACAACUGCAGAAGGCGGUGGGAGAGCAUCUUCGAAGUGCCCACAUUCUCCUUUCAGUUGGCCACAUUCUUCAUGCUGGGCGCCAUUGCUCUGGCCUUGUUGACCAUAUUCUUCUUGGUUUGUUUGCUGUUUAUGAAGUCAACGCGUGUUUUCCACCUUUGCGGUUGGAUGCAAAUUAUAUCAGCUCUCUGUAUGAUUGUGGCCUGUGCGGCGUUUCCCUUUGGCUGGAACUCGGAUGAUUUCCGUAAGAUCUGCGGCCCGGAAGCGAAUCGCUUCGAGCUGGGCCUGUGCGGCAUUCGGUGGGCUUAUCCACUGGCCAUUAUCGGCUGCAUAGAUGGCGUGGUCUUGGCCACCUUGGCCUUCAUCUUGGCCACGAGGCACGUGCGCCUGCAGCCAGAUCCGAUAUACCAGAAUUCGCUCUACAAAGGUGAAAUCAACAAUGCAUAUCUCACAGAUGCCAUUAGCUUGGCGGGUUCUAGGAAAUCGAAUCCGCGCAUUACUGGCUUAAAUUUGCAGCCCAUUCUGCUGGUGGCCCCCCCAAACGAGGAUAGUAUAUCGCAAUUUUCUCGUUAUCACUGAGUUUCCUCAUUCAAACAGCCAAGACCACAACCAAUCAAGCUUAGUUCGUGCAGCAACCGGGGUUGAAACUCAGCUUAAGAGUAUCCUAAAGUUUUUGAGAUACAAUUUCAACCCAAUUUCGACGCAGAUUUUAGCUGGAACUAAGAAAAUAUGAGUGUAUUUUUGAGUGUGCAAGUCAAAGAGUGAAUGAUUUUGUAAAUGCCACUUUGCCCGACUGAAUGCCAACGUGUAGUUGUAAGCUUGGAUUUUAAACUUUUUUUUUUUUUUUUUUUUUUUUUUUUUUUUU